GAUGAUAUCUCUGUUAAGCAUAUGAUUUUGUUUAUUUCAGACAUUAUUGAUAUCAAGACACCCGUUCAUUACAAUACAUCUUCUAAAUAUUUACUUCAAUUGUCGGAUGGUUGGUAUCAAGUACCAGCAUGCAUUGAUAUUCGUAUGGAGCAUGCUAUCACCAAAAAGAAGUUGCGCAUAGGCCAUAAGCUAUCCAUUUGUGGGGCUCAAGUUGCAGGCGAUAGAGCAGCUCAGUCACCUUUGACUAUUCACAACAGUAGUACAUUUCUGUCUAUCACAACCAACAGUAGUUUACCUGCUCGCUGGGAUGCCAAACUAGGCUAUCAUAAACGCAAGCUUAUGAUUCGUUCUCUUCCGACUAUUUUUGAGGAUGGCGGUACAGUGACAGCAUUAGAUAUAGUAGUGUGCCGUAAAUUCCCUAUGCUCUAUACAGAGAAUCUGCCUAAUGGGACCACUAUUACACGUACAGCCAGAGAAGAAGAAGAGAUGCGACGCAUGGUUCAGUACAGUACUGGUCAAGGAGAAGCUAUUGAUGUGCCUCAUUUUCGAGCUUAUCAAAGAACAACCAUGUCUCGUAACUUAAAAGAAACCAAGCCCUUACAAGAGCGCCGUGUAUCCAGUUAUUUUAAGAUGCGUAUAUGUGAUACGCGUUCUUCUACCAGCCAACCAUGGGCUACUUUAGUGCUUUCUAAUGCAAACGAACUUCACCAUAUGGAUAUUAUUGAAGGCAAUCGAUACAGAGUGUUUUUUGUUAUACCCUAUCGUCCCAAGAACAAAAAAUAUCCAGGACUGGACCUCAAGACAACUCGAUCUACUCGCUGGGAGCCUGUCUCUCUUGGCAAUAUGAAGCCAGAUGGUUAUGUGCCACGGUCUAUCACUUGCUGUAAAGAUAUUUGUCAACAAAAUACAACAUCAGACUUUGAUUUGGUUGUCUUUAUCUUACGUAAGUUUCUUUUUGAUACAUUCAUAUAACUCACACAUACUAGAUACAGGAACAGCUACUGUUGAAGAUUUAAAUGGGCGUAAAUUAUGGCAUCAAACACUGCUUGUGAGUGACCAAAGUCAACAUAUCUGUAAAAUCAAUUUCAGACUACCAUUCAACCCUUUUCCUGAUAU